GUGAAACCCGCAGGAGAGCGGGUGUGCGUGUGUCAGUCAGCAUCCUGAACCAAUGGGUGCCCGCUCGCUAACUCCGUCUCCCUCCCUCUGCAAACAUUGGAUUUAAACCUGCUCAGAAUUCAGCGCAGACGAAAAGCAGCGGCGGCAGCAGCAAGCAGCAAGCAAAGCAGCCGCUCGCCUACCGCAGCUCCAAGAUGUACCAUCCUGCCUGCUGGAUCGUCUUCACGGCCACCACUGCCCUGCUCUUCAUCCCAGGAGUGCCCGUGCGCAGCGGAGAUGCCACCUUCCCCAAAGCCAUGGACAACGUGACAGUGCGGCAAGGGGAGAGCGCCACGCUCAGGUGUACUGUGGAUGACCGGGUCACGCGGGUAGCGUGGCUGAACCGCAGCACCAUCCUGUAUGCCGGCAAUGACAAGUGGUCUAUAGACAACCGUGUGGUCAUCCUGUCCAACACCAAGACCCAGUACAGCAUCAAGAUACACAACGUGGACAUUUAUGAUGAGGGCCCUUACACCUGCUCUGUACAGACAGACAAUCACCCCAAGACUUCACGUGUCCAUCUCAUCGUGCAAGUGCCCCCCCAGAUUGUCAACAUCUCGUCGGACAUCACCGUGAACGAGGGCAGCAGCGUGACCCUCAUGUGCCUGGCCUUUGGGAGACCGGAGCCCACCGUCACGUGGAGGCACCUCUCUGGGAAAGGGCAGACCUUUGUGAGUGAGGACGAGUACCUGGAGAUCACAGGCAUCACUCGGGAGCAGUCCGGGGAGUACGAAUGCAGCGCCGUCAACGACGUGGCCGUCCCGGACGUGAGGAAAGUCAAAGUUACUGUCAACUACCCGCCGUACAUCUCCAACGCCAAGAACACGGGCGCCUCGGUGGGCCAGAAGGGCAUCCUGCAGUGCGAGGCUUCGGCCGUCCCCGUGGCAGAGUUCCAGUGGUUCAAGGAGGACACCAGGUUAGCGAACGGGCUGGAGGGUGUGCGGAUCGAGAGCAAGGGCCGCCUGUCCACGCUGACCUUCUUCAACGUCUCGGAGAAGGACUACGGCAACUACACGUGUGUGGCCAUGAACAAGCUGGGCAACACCAACGCCAGCAUCAUCCUCUAUGGGCCCGGCGCGGUGCACGACGGCGGCAAUGCGGCGUCCCGGGUGGCUGCUGGCCUCUGCCUCUGGGCCACCCUCCUUGCUCGCCUCCUCCUCGACUUUUGAUAAGGGAGCGGAGGG